AUGGGGACUGGCAUUCGGAUGCAGGGCCAGGCGAGGCAGCGCAACGCUUCCAUCCGCUUCGCUCGACUGCUUUUUGGCGAUGCGCCGUUGCCAGGUCGGCCACACUUCCGACCCGAGUCAAGAGCGCCACUUGGCCUCGCCUCGCCUCGCAUUGCGCCUGGCUGGUGGAGCGGGAUGGCCACGAACGACAGCCCCAACCUCUCGCUCGCUAUCUCUGUGCUGCUCGUUGCCAAUCCACUUUCUCUUCUUCUUUCACCCUCUCCGUCCACCUCGUCUCGUUCGUUUCAGCAGCAGCAGCAGCAGCGUCGCCCUCCACGCCGCGCUUUUCUCGCCACCAAUCUGGCCGGCACCAUCUCGCAAACGCUGCUUGACCGCAUGCCUCUCGAGCUUCAUGCUCUCGUCGUCGGCCUGAUUCAGCCCGGUAGUUCUGUCUUGAUCCUCCUCGGCCCCAUCUGA